GGUAGUCACGGAUGUCUGCUUGAUGAUUCACCAACACAAGACAACAAUGUUCACUGAGGCCGAAGAGACAACAACUGUGCAUGAAUUGAAAAAGUUGGUGGAGGGAAUACUGAAGAGGCCACCAGAGGAGCAGUGGCUCUACAAAUAUGACCACCUGCUGGAUGAUGAUGAUAGGACUUUGGCUGCUUAAGCCACAGCCUAGCAAAGCUGCUGUCCUCAUGUUCCUGACACAGUGGGCUGGGCUUUAUUCAGACUUGGCAAUGGCAUCUUCAAACUAUUGCAUGUUGACCCUUUUCAAGCACCAGAACUAACUGAUGUUACAAAGUCACAGGGGUCUGGUGGCAGCCUGAGUGAGCAAGCCUUGUGCUAG